ACACCAAUCAGACUUUUGCAGUUGAUUGAUAAAAGAAACUGUGAUCGUCUAUGAUUGUUCAUGCGUGUGGGAUUUAUACGAGAGAGAGAAAGAGAGGUAGAGGUUCUCCGAACUCUUUAAAAAAUUGGAUUUCUUUGAGAGAUAGCUGAACACUUCCCCACCUUUGGAUUCAUCCUUUAAUUCUCCUGAUCAUUGUUUGCAAUCCCAUUUAUUCUUUUAGAAUUUUCCGGUGUUUGGUGAUAUCUCCGUUUUUUUCUUGAAAUCAUCGAUAAAUUCUAGGGUUUUCGGGUGGUUUCGCGUUUCAUUUUUGUGCAAAACUUUGUAAAAAGCCGCAGUCUUGGUGGGUUAAUGGUGGAAGGGGACAGAAUGAUGUUUGCCCAUUUAUCGUCUUCAGACAUCGUCUGAUUUCUCUUUUUAAAGAAAAAUUAUAUUCAAUCUGCCGCCGUUUGAUCGUUGAGGAAGCCCUUCGUUGAUCAAUCUGAGGUGUCUAUUGUUAUACUUCCUGUCUUGUGUCUGUGUAGUGGUUGAUCAAGUUGUCCGUCAAAUUAAUGGCAUGUUCUUGAACUUGUUAUGGCUUAACGGUUUUCUGCUGGUUAUUCCUUGAUCGAAAUCUUUCUAAAGUGUAAUAUGAAUUGAGCAUUUGUCAAUUAAUUUCAAUGCUACUUUCGUGAAUUCAUAUCCACAAGCUUUUGACUUUCUUCCCCUCUUUCACUUUCCUUUGUUUUUUCCCUUUUUCCCCUUGAGUCGGGUUGCUGGAUGCUGUUCUGUGUUCCUUUUUGGUGUUAAGAUUGGAUUCAUUGAAUAUUUAACACUAAACUAAACUACUCCGUUUGUCUCCGGUUCUUUUGGAGCUCAAUUCUCUGUCUCUGCCUCUCUUAUUGUGUAUGGUCUCUAUAGAAACGGAUAAGAAAAGGAAAAGAAAACAAUAAGGGAUAAGAAAAGGAAGAAACAGAGUGAGAGAGAGUAACAAAGCAUGGCUCUUUCUUUCACUAGACUUUCAUGGUUGUGGAUGGGAGGGAAGGAAAAGGAGCAAGUCUCAAAUGGGUCCGUCAUAAAUUCAAUAAAUUCUUUAGGCGAUUGGGGAUUAGGAUUAAGGGGCGAGCCCGAAAAGUUGAAAUUCUAUUCGGUGAAGGGGUUAGACAAAAGAAUGCCGAGCUCGACAGGUAAAGUCAAGAGGAAAUGGAAAAGUAGGGAAGCAAGAGGGAAGAGAGUGGAUAAAGAGUAUGAUGUGGUUUUGGUGCCAUCUGACGGUGUUUGUCUAUCAGGCUCUGAAUCGGAUGACUCUGACUGGUCCAUUGGGUGGCUCGAGCCACACGCGCCCGAUUUCCAGAGUGAUGAUGAUGACAUGGACGAUAGCUUUGCUGUUUUGGUCCCUUGCUAUAGGCAUGACUUCAGAGGAGUCAAUGAGGUGAAUGAGGAGAUAACGGCUAAUCCAUUCUCGAAUGCCGUGAAGAAUUUCCCAGUUGGUUAUUCUGCUGAUGGCACAAAGUACAUGGAGCAGUGGCUUUCCUCUCUUCAGAAAUUUUGAUAUUGCCAUAUAAUUUGGCUAUGCUAAUUGCUACUACAUAUUCUUGAAUCGACUAUCAAUUUCUAGCUUAGAAUUCUUAAAGACAUGAAGAUAUCGCAUGAAGGGCUGAACUCUUUCCAACCGUGAGAAAGUUGGCAAGACGGGUUUAUCGGCAUUAGGCUUGUGAGGGCCAUGGCUUGGCGAAAACUCUUGAUGUAUUAUUGAUUUGUUUAUAGUGUAAAUAUAUCCAUUCUAUGUACAAAAUGUCCUUUCUUUUCAACUCUGUGAUGUAAAUAUGUCCUAUUUGGCCUUGAACAUGUGAGCUGAUGGUGACUAGGUGUUAAAUCCUUACCUUUGCAUUAUAAUGGUAAUUUGGUGUGGUUUGUGAUAUAAUCAUGCUUGUUUUUCUUUUGUUUCAAGAGAUGAUCACUUUUUCUUUGUAUUGACAAUGUUGACUGCACAAAGGAAGAUUCAGAGAGAUUUUCUGAUCUGAAUAUUUCAUGGAUUUUCCUUUUGUACUAUUUUUCUAGCCAAUUUGAUAUGAACAACACCUCACUGAAAAACAGAUGUUCUCAAGUUUGUGCCAU